GGCCUUGGUAAGCGAAUGGGCCACGUGAUGUGCACGUGCACGCUUCAACACUUUGUCACUUUUAACUUGAAACCAGUGGCAACCCAAAUCCGUUACUUUCCGAUGGAGAAACAUCAGAUACCGAUGGAGUACUUGACGGUUGGGUUCAUCGGAGCUGGAAAGAUGGCGGAGAGCAUAGCCAGAGGUAUCGUCGCCUCUGGUGUGCUUCCUCCGCAUCAUAUCUCAACCGCCGUUCACUCGAAUCCCGAUCGCCAUGAAGUCUUCCAAUCCUUUGGCGUCAAUGUCUUCUCCAGUAAUGAAGAAGUCGUUGAAGAAAGCGAUGUUGUGAUUUUCUCUGUGAAACCUCAAGUUGUUAAGAAGGCCAUCACGGAGUUAAGGUCUAAGCUCACGAAGGAUAAGCUUCUGGUUUCAGUUGCAGCUGGAAUUACGCUGAAAGAUCUACAGGAAUGGUCUGGCCAAGAUCGGUUCAUAAGGGUGAUGCCUAACACACCAGCAGCAGUUGGUGAGGGAGCUUCAGUAAUGAGCCUCGGAACAGCGGCAAGUGAAGAAGAUGGAGCACUUGUUGCUAAGUUGUUUGGCUCGGUGGGGAAGAUGUUUAAAGCCGAUGAGAAAAUGUUUGAUGCUGUUACUGGUCUCAGUGGAAGUGGACCAGCAUACAUAUUCUUAGCCAUUGAAGCUUUAGCUGAUGGGGGAGUAGCUGCUGGUUUACCCCGAGAACUCGCACUUGGCUUAGCUUCACAAACGGUUCUUGGAGCUGCAACCAUGGUGAGCAAGACAGGGAAGCAUCCAGGUGUGUUGAAAGAUGAUGUUACUUCACCAGGCGGAACUACUAUAGCCGGAGUUCAUGAACUAGAGAAGGGUUCUUUCCGUGCAACACUUAUGAAUGCUGUUGUUGCUGCAGCUAAUCGAAGCCGCGAGCUCUCGCAGAGCUGAAUUAUUAGAGAAUGUUGCCCUUAUUGUUUCACCCUCCUUGGUAGAGGUGAAAGCUAUGUAUUUUGACUCUAUAUUGUUCUUAUUUCUAAUAAAAGUCAACUUCCGGUGUUGGGUGGGUGGAUCCAAACUCGGGUUGGAAGCUUGUAAAUGACUAA